GAAGUGAAAGUCAGAGCUGGGCUGGUAGUUGCUUUUAGUGGCUCUCCCACCCUGACCCUACUCAGAACUGAGUGCCUUAGGCUACCGAGGACAGGACGGCGCCGCCAAGAGAGAGAAGCUGCCGCUCCACCCUCCACACCUGUCUGCCUGGCUUCUGCUUCCCAGCCAGCCGCUUGAAGUCCACGACCAGAGGCAGGGGGAGAGCAGGGAGCCUGCCCAAGCUCUUGUGUCCAGGAUCCCAAGGCCAUGGAUUGGUGGAAGGACAAUUUCUGGAUCAUCUUGGCUGUGGCCAUCAUCUUUACCUCUGUGAGCCUGGGCACCAUCCUGUUCUGUGUCUGUAGGUGUCUGUUUAGACAAGGCAAGAAACUGGAAAUUUCCAAGUCCUUGAAACAAAAGCCGAGAGAUGAAGAAAUGAUGUAUGAGAAUGUUACGGAACAAUUCUCAGUUCAACUACCCCCUCUGCCACCCAGGGAUAUGCUCUCCCCAGAAGUUGCCUCCCCACAGGAAACCCCAAGUCGGCCCACACCAGCUGCAUACUCUUCGGUACAUAAAGUUAGAAAUAAGAAGACAAUCACCGUCCCAAGCUAUAUUGAGCCUGAGGAAGACUAUGAUGAUGUUGAUGUCCCUGACAAUACAGAAAGCCAUCAUCUUGAAACAAAGGUUUCUUCCUUUUGGCAAGCAGAAGACGGUUCACAGAGCUUAUUUUAAAAACAAUCAAGAAUGGUUGAAGUUCAAUAAAUGCCCAGGUCCAAAAGCCAGUGGUAACAUUAUGGAGCUCUACAAGAUAAACACUUUCUGAAUCAGAUGGAGAAGCAUCAGUGAUCAGAUAACUGCAGCCAGAGGAAAGCUGCCUGUGCUCAGCUCUGAGAAUGGAGAGGAGUCAGGGCUUGGGCUUCUGCUGAGCGAGGUUCCAUGCGGAGGCCCACUGGACCCUGCAAAGCCCUCCCCUCUGCCCUCCGCCCUGAGAAACCACUCAGUUCCCAGCAUUCUUCCCCUGUUUGUGUGGUUCUAAGUGAUCUUAAAUCUUGGUGUUUGAUUGUACGAGCCUCCCAGGCUCCCGUCCCCUGCACAGCCCCCACCCACUCCACCCACCUCACACAUUGAGGGGCUGUGGGUGGUAGUCACAGCUAAGCACUCUUGUACGCAAGUCACACAUCACGCCUUGUGCAUUCUUCAAGGGUGGGGGUGUGCUUCUUGUUCUUGUAAACCCUCCCCACCUACACAACCCCAAGCCCCAGGGCUUCUCUAUGACAUCAGCCAAACUAACCACAGAGAUCCAAGUUCCCAGACAGAGUUUUUUCACUGCUUCCCGACUGCACUGUAAAAAUCAGCAAAGAACAGAAGUCACCUUCUGGACCACAGGACAGACGUUACCCAUAGGGGUGUCAAUUUGGCAAUAUGUGUACUGGAGGAAAGAAGAUUUUCCCAGGAAAAAUCAUAGGGAACAGGAAAGAAAGGGGCAAGUCAGUGGCAGAUUCAAGAUGAGAGUUCAAGGGUCUUUAAUACCCUCCUCCGAUAUUUUCAUUACUGCUUCCCCCCUUGUGUAGCAUUCAAGACAAACAGCAUCAUAUCCUCCCUGCCAGAUUCCUGUCCCUGAGUGACUGGGAGGCAGAAACUCCAGUUCAAUAUGCUACUCCUAAUGAUACACCCGGGGAGCGGGCUGCUGUCCAGUUAUACGAGUGUCCUAGUGGGGUCGCCAAGGCCUGAGUCAGCUUUGUAGGCUUCUCGAUUCCUUUGUAGGCUCAAAGAUUCCUUCAAGUUGAUCUGCUGACACCUGAGGACUUGACACUGUCUAGCCAGACUCACAGGAUGCUGACUUCUAAGCAAUCCCUGAGAAAUCCAGCUAAAAGGCUUGCAGGGCGAGCAGCAUGAACUGGUGGAAAGGCCCAGGAGUGACACCUGGACUGAGCUCAUCCUUGAGAGAUGGAAAGCGUGUAACUGUCAUCCCCUUCAACCACUUAACCACUGCUGGACCAGUGAGGACAUGUGCUUCCUCCCAGGUUCUCUCCUUCUAGACUCCAUAGAAACUUCCAACUCCUUGUAACACCUCCUUGUUUUAGACCAGUGGUUCUCUAACUAUGGCCUUACGGAAUUCUGGUUCUGUGAGCCAGAGAGGACUCACUUCUUAAAUCCUAGAAAAAACCCACGUGCUCUAGAGCCCGCACACAACAACUACUAAAGCCCGUACCCCUAGAGCUUUUAUUCCACAAGAGAAGCCACCUCAAUGAGAAGCCCAAGCACUGCAAUAGAGAGUAGCCCCUGAUUGCCGCAACUAGAGGAAGGCUGCACAAAGCAACAAAGACCCAGCGCAGCCAUAAAUUAAUUAAUUAUAUUUUUGAAUUAUAGGAGAAAAAUGGCUAAAGGAUAGAAGUAUUUACCAAGCAUGCUUUCCCUUUUAAAUUUUCCACAAACCAUCCACAUCUACACCAAAAGUUAAAAAGCAAAUACCAGACAUGUGUAAACUCCUCCUUGGUUUCUGGGCCACCACCAUCUCCUGGUUCUCCUCCUGCCUGACUGGCCUGUCUCCAUCUUUGCAAGAACACCUUCUGAAAUAUCUCUUCAAUGCCAAUCUUUCUCAGGGUCCUGUCCCUGCAUCUCCCUCCAAACACUCAUGAGUAACCUCAUGGGAUCUCACUGCUCCCUGCAACUGGCCCUAAUGAAACACUUCUUGCUCUGCAUUGUAAUUGCCUAGUUAAUUCUUUAUCCUCCUUCCUAACUCAGGACUCUUUGGGGUGGAAGCCUUCUGACUCACCACUAUAUUCCCAGUGUCCAGCUCAAACCCUUGCAUGUAUUAGGCACUUAAUAAAUAUUUAUUGAAUGUUGAUCUUUAAUGGAAAAUCUACCAGUGUGACAAAAACAAAUCAUUUUCCUCUGGGCCUGUGUAACUUGGCUGAGAUUUUAUACAGGGCACCUGUAAUAAAACCAUGUUUUCUACCAAUAAA